AUGAGCUCGCACCAUCCACCCCGCCCAACACCAUCGUCCUCCGAUACGAGCGCGCGCCUGACUCCGAACAGCGACGAUAGCGACUCCAAUGAUGACCACGAGAUCUUUGUAGAGGACGGAGCCGGACCGCUAAGCCGCGGCCGCGGCGGUAGCAGCGACAAUGGCUACGAGAUGACGGAGAUGGAUUGGGAUGGCGAGAAGCGACACCAGCGCCGGGACGGCAGAUUAGACAAGGCGACAGAGGAUGAGGGCUUCCGGGCUCGGCAACAAAGAAAGAGUGGCCCGCGGAAGGAUUACUACACGACGGAGGAGGAGCAGGCCGUUGUCAGGAAGUUCGACCGCAGAUUGGUCGUCUUCGUGGCGCUCCUAUACAUGCUGAGCUUCCUGGACCGCUCGAACAUUGGAAAUGCUCGGAUCGCCGGUAUGGACGACGACUUGCAGUCUAUCCCCCGACGGGAGGAGUGGUAUGAGUGGGCUUUGACGGCUUUCUACAUAUCGUACAUUGUGUUUGAGUGGAUGUCGCUACUGUGGAAGCUCAUUCCAGCGCACAUCUAUGUGUCAAUGCUAGUUCUCUCCUGGGGCGUUGUCGCUUCGUUACAGGCAGUGACUGUAAACUACCCGAUGCUGAUAUUCCUACGAACGCUGUUGGGCAUCGGGGAGGCUGGCUUCACGGGCAUACCAUUCUACCUAUCAUUUUUCUUCAAGCGGCAUGAGCUGGCGUUUCGGACUGCCAUCUUCAUAUCAGCUGCGCCACUAGCCACGUCGUUCGCAUCUUCGCUAGCUUGGCUAAUCAUCAAGGUCGGGGAGGCAGGCCCCAUCGCUCCAUGGAGGCUGCUGUUCCUAAUUGAAGGAUUUCCCUCUGUGCUGAUCGCAGUCAUUGCCUGGAACGUCAUCCCUGAUACGCCGCAGACUGCAUCCUAUCUGACACAACGUGAGAAGAAAGUCGCGAGGCUCCGGCUGGGUAAUGAGAGACCGAGACGGAAAGGCGGGGAGAAAGGCUCAGGAGCCUCAGCAGACCGUCUGAAGACGCGGGACGUGCUCGCCGUUUUUCGGGACCCCGUCGCGUGGAUCACAGCAUCCAUGUUCUUCCUGACGAAUAUGGCGUAUAGCUCGCUGCCAGUAUUCCUGCCUACGAUCCUGAAAGAGAUGGGCCACGACGUGCUCACGGCUCAGGCCCUUGCGGCGCCGCCGUAUCUAGCAGCCUUCGUUAUCGUGCUGGCGACCGCACACCUGUCUGAUAUGCUGCGUGCCCGCACGCCGCUGAUCGUCUUCCAUGCGCUUGCAUCUGCCGGUGGCUACGGCGUCCUGGCGCUGAGUCGGUCGCUCGGUCUCGAGGCAGGCAGUAUGAUUCGGUAUUUGGCCGUGUACCCGGCAGCCAUUGGUUUCUUCAACGUCGUAGUCCUCACCAUCGCGUGGAGCAUCAAUAACCAGGAGGGCGCGAGCCGGCAAGGCGGCGGCUUCGCGUUGCUUCAGGUCGUUGGCCAGUGUGGACCGCUCGUAGGCACGCAUCUGUAUCCGGACCGCGAUCGGCCGUUCUAUGAGAGCGGGAUGCGUGCGUGUGCGGUUGCCAUGCUAAUCGUGGCAUGUCUAGCACUCGUGCUGAGGUUCUACCUGGUACGGUCGAACCGGAAGCUCGACGCUGCUGUGGAGGUAGAUGGCGAGGAACGCGCUGAGCAGGAAGGACUUGUCGCUGGAUCUGGAACAGCGCCAAGACAUACGGGCGAGAGUUUCAGGUUCAUGUUAUAG